UUGAUAAAUACAAAUUAUUUUAACAAAAUGGCUGAACUAUAAAGACGUGUUUCGAUUUUUGUAUCAAAAUGGAGCUAUUUAGCGAGUGUUAUUAUCAAACAAACGAAUUUUCAAGUUGUUCUGACGUAAGAAACAUUUCUUGUGGUGAGACAGUGUAUAGUACAGAGAGACUUAAGAUCUACGAUUCAGGACCUUGUGAGGCCCAGGAAGUGUCUAUUAUCGGUUUGAAGUGUUAUAGACUUAUUCACAAGCCUUUUUCAGACUUUUCAUCUUUGUGCAAUAACAAAGACAUGCCUGUGUGAGUGUAAAAUGACUUAGCAUCCUCUAUAAACUUUAAAAUCCGUUAAAAAUGAAUAAUGUACAUGUUUGUCGUACGCGUAAUCGCAACGAACCAAAAAUGUUCUCGCCAGUAAACUUUUCCUUAACCAAUUAUUCCACGGACGCCCAAUCGAAAGCAAUGAAAAACCCUUUGGGAGAUACACUAUUAUUUAACAACAUUAAUAAUUUGCACUUAAUUCCGGACCCGUUGAAAAAGAAUUUGGCUGAUUCAGUGAUAACAGGGACAAUGGAACAAAGAAAAGAGCGUGAUAAGUUUGAAACACCCCCACCAACGUCAGAGUCAGGAGCGUUAGGUUCUUUAGGUGGCAUUACCAACUUUUUUUCUGGUGUGUUUAAUGUCAUGACUGCUAUAUUUCAAAAAAGAGCUAGUUCACCCACCACCCAAUAUUAUGAUUGUUUCGAUGCUGUUGAUGACGGACAAAUGACACCGUCUCUAGCUUGGCAUCCAGCCAAGUUUGAGGUUCAAAAUAAGAAUUCAACUCCUAAUUCCAAUGAUAUGGAUAAUAUGACUGUAAUCACUAAUUGCAAGGAUAAAUUAAGCAAAGUACACUUAGUCCUCAAUGGAAACAUUCAAAAGUGUCCUGCAACAAUGUAUGUUGAACCUAAAUCUUUAGAAGACUCAUUUGAAGAUGCAUUUUGCCCAGAAAACAUUGUUCAGUUAGCAAAUGACACCUUAAUUGAAUGUUAUACUGCAUAUAAUCAACAUCAGCAAGAAUUACUUGAAGUAGAAGCCCCAGUUAUGAAGACUGAGUUUUGUAAUGAAACUAUGGAUAUUGCUAAGAUUUUACCUGAAACUGAUAAUAAAAAAUCAGAUAUGGAUACAACUGAAAAAGAUUUAAAUACAGUUAAUUGCAAUUCAACAGAUAGACAAAUUGUAUCCACUUGUGAGGAUAAGUUAAAUAAAUUAAAAGAACUCUUGCAAUGUAAACUUAAACAAAAUGUAAAUUCAGUUCAAGAAACAACAGCUAUACCCAUUAAGGGAGUAAUAUCAUCUUCAUUUGCCAAUGAAAUUGAUGCACCUCGAGAAACAAAAAAUAGUUUUGAUGAGGUAAAUGGUAGAUUUUACUCUUCAUCUGUAGACAGUGAUGAUUCGUUUCAAAUUGUAUUCACAGAUCGGAAAAGAAUACCAUCUGAUUGUGAGUCGGAAGAUUCCUUUAUUGUGUUUGAUGAGUCACCAGAUUGUUACACAAAUAUUGAUGUGUUUGGUUCAGAUUCGGAAUCUGAAACAGAAGAUUCGGGUUAUGUUAUGACAUGCCUAAAUCAUUCGCUAUCAAGGACUUUUGGAGAUUUAACAGAUGAUAGCUUGUUUGGAGCUGAUGUUGUUGACUGUGCUGUACAGACGGGUCAUGCAGUUGAACCAGAGAAAAUAAAUAUGUCAGAUACCACACAAAGCAAAAUACUAACAGAGGACAAGAAUCAAAAGCCAUUAAAAAAGGUCCGCUUCUCUACCGACCCACCUAAGGUCCAUGUAAUGAGGGUGUGGGCUUUUGCAGCUCGACAAGCGAGAGCUGGCCACUGGGAAAGGCACGCCUUGGACCGGGAUCGAUUUAGACGAAGGAUCGCGGACGUAGAAAUGGGUAUAUCCUGGGUUCUGAAGCCGCAACACCGAACUCGUGUGAUGUUCCAACGCUUUAUGCCUUGGUGGAAUGCUGAAAAGCGACGAGAAUUAGAGGAAGGGAAAGCUCUUGAAAGCAAAAAAGAAUAUUUAGAAAAGGAGGCAGAAAAUAAUAACGAAAACGUAGCAAUCACAGAUUUUGGUUUAAAUGAGAACGAAAAUGCAGGUGAUAUAAAAGAUAAUACUUCAUUAAAUGAAAAUACAGAUUGUGGUGACAAUAUAUCAUUAAACAAUAUGAGUGAUAAUAGACUACAGAAUGAACAUACAAUCAAUAGUUUAGAUUGCAAAGGUUGUGAUCCACAAGUCGAAAAUAUUGGAAAGAGCAAGAUGGAGAUGUUAAAACCUAUAAAUGAAUCAGCCAUUAAUAGAGUAAAAUGUCUUCAAGAUGGACAGAAAUGUACAGAUAAAGAAGAUGAGUCCAUACAUAUAAAUGGAUUUAUUAAAGAAAACGAAUUUCAAAAAAGGGUAGUUAAUGUUACAGAAAAUAUAGAUAAUGGCCUUGAUUCUGAUAAUAAGGUGGACACAUGACAAAGGGGUAAAUUUGCUAAAGUUUUUGUUAGUGGAUAGUUGUAAAUAAAAGAAUCCAUACUUGUAAUUACUCAGAAAAAAAACAUGCUAAUCAUUAAACAAAAAUUAUAGUUAAUUAAAAUACAGGAAACUGAUACCAAAUUCAAAACUGUCAUGCCUCGUUGGAAUAAUUUUGAAAGGUUUUUAGUCCAUUAGAUUGAUUGUAAGAUUGGUAUCAGUGUUAGUGUAUGGGGCGUGGCUUGCUAUGACACGCCUUUGGCGCUGAUAUUGGUGCUAAUAUUAAUAAAGAAGCAGUAAAUAUACAGCUCUAUGUAUAAAAAGUAUCAAAAAGAAAUUCUAUCGGUUGCUCAAAAUAAACAGUAUUAGAAGUGGCCUUAAAUGAUUAUGUUAUUAAUUUGAUAAUAGAUAUGGGGAAUUUUGAACCUCUUACUUGUUUUUAAAGUCAGUCAGGGUGUGUCUAUUGUCAUAUACUCUGAGAUUACUUAACAUAUGGAUUCUUUUAUUUAUCAACAGUAAUGUAGAUAUUAUUUUGCAUAAAACAUACUGAAAAUAUAUUAAAUAAAUGUCAGAUAUGCAUUCCUAUAAGAAAAUUUAUUGGUUAAAACGUAAUUAUAUACUAUGAAGGGAUGAAGGGAUUUUGUUAGUAAAAUAGGGAUGCUAAGUGCCUCAAUCUAGUUAUCUAGAUAGCACAAAUGAAAAAUGUAAUAUAUGUUAAAUAAAAUCUAUAUAAUUAAUAUAUACUAUCUAUAAGUAAUCGCCAAAUUUGUUAUCUGUCAAAGAGUAAUUCAAAAACCAAAAGGUAGAUAUUAUUCGAACUUUUGUGAACAUAUAUUUAUUGGGAAAGCUGUCUUUCUACAGAAACAUAUAAUGUUUAAAAUGUAUAUUUAAAUACUUGUACAUUAUCGUGCUGUGCAUUUGGCGAUAACUGUAAAAAUAUUGAUAUUAUUUAGUUUAGUAGUAAACAUCACAAAAUCCACAAGAGUAUAAAAUUUCACAAUAUGGAGAUUUCCGUAUGAACGCCAUCUGGUGUCGUUGGAAUGUUAAGAUUCACAGUCGAGAUUUAUCUGAUGUUCAAAACGCGACGAACUAUGACUCCUGAGUCCUAAGACUUGAUUCGGUUUCAUUCGCAAAGCCUUCAAUUUGUCCUACCCUAAGAUAGAUAUCUCGAUGCGAGUUUAUUUUGCUUAUAAAAUAACGUGGGGUUUUUAAAAUAUCUCAGUUAAGCUGUGUUCCAUUAUCCAUGUUCAGGGCUGUAUCAUAUGUAUAUAAAACUAAAAAUAUAUGGUAUAUAUUUUACAACUAGUAUAUUUUUCCAAAAAGGAAUUUGAAGUUUUGAAUUGGUGUGGAAAUGAAAGAAGCUCAUCUCCCGCGAUUUUACAACUUUCCCCUUUUUGCAAAAACACGAUGCAUCUACGACCCUGACUAAUAAACUAGGCAAGAAUUUCAUUUUCACCUUGUAUAACCAUUUCCAGACUAAUAAACUAGGCAAGAAUUUCAUUUUCACCUUGUAUAACCAUUUCCAGACUAAUAAACUAGGCAAGAAUUUCAUUUUCACCUUGUAUAACCAUUUCCAGACGAUCACCUUGCCGAAAUAUAAUUGCUCAUCUCACUAGCUUAUAUUGUGUUUUGUGUAUUCAUUAUUUAUUAUUGCAUUUAACGAAACCAAGGUAGACAUCUCAAAUCACACAAACAUCGCCAUCUCUCAAGUACUUAAAUAUGCGAGAAUCAUUGUGGGUAUUCAUGUAAGGCAAAAGUAUAUUUUAAAACGAAAUAUAAAUUGUUGUGGUAUUUUUGUUA